UGAUUGGCUAGCGGUCUAGUAGUACCAUUCUGCGUAGUACAUGGAUUGGUACGCCGUGAAUCUACCUCGACAUUAGUACAUACAGUUAGUACUGGACGGAGGUGAUGAUAGCAGCAUGUCUCUUCUAAGGUUCCGGGUACAGGACUCACCAUCUACAAGUACUUGGAACGAGCAGGAGGAAAUUCGGAUCAUUAUCAUGGGAGAUCCCACCAGAUCCAAGCGGAGAUGAUGACGUGAGAGAAUUGCAUGCUGGCGAAUGCAUCCCGCGAGUUUCGACAUAUGGAAAAUGUUAAAAGGAGAUGGGGGGGCCCCAUCCAACACGCAGCAAGCUGUUGGGGUCUUGGUACUUUUGGUGGUCUGGUGGUUUUGGUGUUCGGGCACCUAGGGACUCGUCCACUCAGAAGGGAGACUUCAGCAACGUGCUCUCAAGUCGCUCCAUGGGAAAUCCACCGGCGGGAGAGGGCGCAAAGGCAAACGGAGGGAUGCCAAGGCCAAGCAAACGGCAAAGGCGGAAGGCUCGUAAUCAAGCUACAAACGCGUUCCAAUCGAUACAAUCGAUUCAGAAACGUGCGCCAGGAACCGUUCUGAGUGGCCAAUACCGCGACUUGGCCAUCUCUGGGCAUUUCCGCCCAGGUACAGGGCCGCGACCGGCGCCCGGCGAGAGAAGGGCGGAGAUUUGUUGCGGCCAAGAGACGGCCAAGUCUCCCAAGCCUGCCGUUCCUCAAACUGCCUGCAAUCCGGACUGGUGAAUGGAGGAUCCACCCCGAGAAAAAGUCGAAAAAAAGGUUCCUGUGCUUGGCCUACCCUUGGCCUUCCGACGGCGUGAAAGUGUCGCUCCUACACGACUUGGCGGGGCCGCCACGCACCAGACCCUCACCAUCCUACUUUGUUGGUGUCCAAGUCCGUAGUUGUAAGCCUCCAUCCAGCGCCCUACUAGGCAUACUGGGUGGUAUAUAAAGUAUUCCGCGUCGGACGCAACCAGGUUGCUGGAUUCUCCCCCAAUUCACCACCCUCUCCCUCCAUCCUCCCCUCUUCUUCUUUU